GCGGCUACUGUCAGUCAGACAAAGACAGUCAGUCAGUCAGUCAGGGCGAGUCUUCCUCACAACAUCACAUAAAAUAUCAUCUUCAUCACCUGACAGAGCGCGUUAAAUGGUCUGCUGCGCUGAGAUAUUGUGUAUUUUCCUCAUUCCAGAAUGUCUCACUACACAGACGAGCCACGCUUCACCAUCGAACAGAUCGACCUCCUCCAGAGACUGCGGCGCACGGGUAUGACCAGACCCGAGAUUGUGCACGCCCUCGACACCCUGGAGCGACUUGACCGUGAACACGGCGACAAAUUUGGCCGCCGCGGCACGUCAGACUCCAUCGCCACCAACAGCACCACCUCCAGCACUACACCCACCUCAAAUAACGCUAGCAAUGCCACCAUGGCAACUUCCUCCACCACUUCCACAGCAACUCAGACGCAGUUCCCUGGCAACCUAUCGCCCUCGCCUAGCAACAGCUAUGCCACGUCUCCACCCGCCGUCUUGCCCUCGCCCGUCUCUCUGGUGGCCCUGACCCAGAACGGACGGGACGCUCUGGCAGCCACACCCAAUGGAAAACUAUCGCCAAACCGCUACACAGUGAACAGUUCUGUGGCUGUGAGGACGUACACACUCGAGGGGUCCGAGGAAGACCUGGAUAUAGAUGACAAAGUGGAGGAGCUCAUGAGGCGGGACAGCUCACUGGUGAAGGAGGAAAUCAAAGCCUUCCUGGGAAACAGACGCAUCUCACAGGCCGUGGUGGCUCAGGUCACAGGCAUCAGUCAGAGCAGGAUCUCUCACUGGCUCCUCCAGCAGGGCUCAGAUCUCAGCGAACAGAAGAAACGAGCUUUCUAUCGCUGGUACCAGCUGGAGAAAACCACGCCAGGUGCCACCCUAAACAUGCGGCCCACCCCUGUGUCUCUGGAAGAGAUGGAGUGGCGUCAGACUCCACCCCCCAUAAGCUCCGCCCCUGGAAGUUUCCGUCUGCGCAGAGGCAGUCGGUUCACCUGGAGGAAGGAAUGUCUCGCUGUGAUGGAGAGUUAUUUCAGUGAUAAUCAAUAUCCAGAUGAAGCCAAAAGAGAGGAAAUCGCCAACGCCUGCAAUGCUGUCAUUCAGAAACCAGGAAAGAAGUUGUCUGAUUUGGAAAGAGUCACGUCCUUAAAAGUCUACAACUGGUUUGCCAACCGACGCAAAGAGAUCAAGAGGAGGGCCAAUAUUGGGUCUUUUUUCCAAGAAGCCACAAUCCUGGAGAGUCAUGGGAUUGAUGUACAGAGUCCUGGAGGACACUCUAACAGUGACGAUGUCGACGCUAAUGACUACAGCGAGCAGGGUUGCGAUGUUGCCUAUUUUGAAAAGAGAGGUGUGAACAGACCUUUUGGUUAUUACCGUCUGGAGCCCACCUCACCAACACAGGAUGACGCCGGCAAUCACGCGGAUCACCAAGACCCCAUCUCUCUGGCCGUGGAGAUGGCAGCUGUCAAUCACAGCAUCCUCGCCCUAUCCCGUCCAGGAGGCGUGGCCAGUGAAAUCAAAACAGAAGCGAUAGACGACGACUGAGGAAAACUGCCAGACGACGCAUAUGUAUAUGUGUGUGUGUGUGCGUGUGUGCGAGAGAGUGGAUGUUGCAGACAUGUUCACGGGGCAAUGAUCAAAUCAACGCUUUUAGAAUCUAAUAAUCGCCUGCCAUCGACACUCCUGCUGAACCACUAAACAAAGCCAGAGUCAACCAUGGCUCUUAUUUAAGCCUCCCAAACCUCGUACCUCAUUCCAAUUCCAGUAACUUGUAUAAGCGUUUCGUGUGCUUCCUGUCUGUGUGCUCCAGUAAUCCUCAUUCUCACGGAUAAGCUAAAAGGUGAGCAAAGCUGUGGUUUAUUUCUGCUCCGGAUUCAUCAUUCCCACUACAAAUGUUCUCAGUUGACUGAUUUUAAUGUUUGUUUUUUUUGUAUUGUAAUUCAUCAAAUAGCAGUUGGGUGAAUCUCGCGGAAACGGUCAAGACGACAUUUCACCACAAGAUCAAAAAGCAAAAUGAGUAUUAAUAUUUUGAGGACCAUUACGUUUUUUUUUUUUCAUUUUAGAAGCACAUUCUCCUCUUAAACUUUAGUGUAAAAUGGGAAAGUAUUGACUUUUAGCCCCCGUGAAAUUAAAAUAACGUUUUUUUAGAUGUUAGCCGUCAGUAUGUUAGUCGUAAUGUAGCUUGUGUGCUGCAAAAUUCACAUUUAGAAGAUAUAAACAGUGUUGAGGAAAGUAACUUUAGAAAGUAACGCAUUACGAUAUUGAGUUACUCCGCAAAAAAGUAACAAGUUGCGUUACUUAGUUACUUUUUUGUGGAAAGUAAUGCAUUACACUACUUUUGAGUUACUUUUUCAUACCUGCCUGAGGCUGGAUCUCUUUUAGAACUUGAAGGUUUUUUUAAAUAGAUGAGCUCUGCAUUUAUUAGCCAUGUUUUCAUCCAAAAAUGCUAAUUACCUUUAUGCGCAAAACUGGAAUAUCGCAUAAAAAAAAGACGUGCGAAUAAAGCAGCGUUUCCAUCCGACGAGUCAAAGCAAACAAAAUCAUCACUUCCUGAUUAACUGGCGCCAAAUAUCAACAGUAAAAACUGCGGUAGGAGAAGCUGCGUCAAUCUUUUCUUCAUUUAAUAAAUGACUUAUGCCUCAGAAGGCAAUCCUGACACGCAGUGAACGCGUCUUGGUGUUUCCAUCAACUGUUUUUUUAUGCGCAAAUCCACAAUGUGCAUAAAAGUAAGUGGAUGGAAACGUAGCUAAUGACACGGUAAUAAAAAAAUUUGACUGUUAUCUUCUGAGAACUUCCUGACGCUAUACAUGCCAUAUAUACAGAUUCAUGAAAGUUGAAAGCAGUGUUUGCUACUUUGAUUUUACUGAACUAAUAAGACAAAAAUACAAGUGUUUAUUGAGACUAGAAUCCCCUUUUCUUCCAUGUGUUCAGAAUAAUGAGAAUACCUCCAUCACAGAAAUGUAAGGCUCUGCCAUCUUGGUUUCUGUCUGUUCCCAUGGGGAGCUCAUUCUCUCAUUGAGUGUAAUUUAACAUGAUUACGCUAAAUUUCAUUCAGCAAAUUACUUUUUUAAAGUGUAUUAAAUAAUCUAAAAAGUGACUGGAGUUACAGUAACUCAAAUAUUACUACUUAAUUUUUUAAAGUAACGCGUUACUUUAUUGGUUACUCAGAAAAGUAAUAUUAUUAAGUAACUUGCGCUACUUGUAAUGCGUUAACCACAACACUGGAUAUAAACAUCUAAAGCUUAAAAUUAAAGAUGAAUUAUUUUUUGACGUCACCUCAGACUUCAGUUUCUCAUCAAAUCCUCUGACCAAUCAGAUGCUCUCUAGUGUCUGACAUGCCCCGCCCCUUUCUUCUUAGAUGCAUUUCAGCUCAACCGCUCUCACUGGCAGAGCUGUGAUUAAAAACAAAACACUAUGGGCCGUUUUCUUAAAAGGGACAGAGCUACUCCAUGUCCUGCCUUCAUGUUUCAGAUUACGUCAAACAUCGAAUUUUAAAAAUGAGCACUUCAGGGGACCUUUUUAAGCAGUGGUCUCUACAUUGGCUUGACGUUGCGUAUGCUCGAGAUGUGACGAUUGCGAAUAAUCAGAUUGCAAUAUCGAUGCUGAAAUGAUAUAUUGUGCAGCCCUAGUUUAAACUCAGAUAAUAAACAAAACCGAUAUAAUUAAUGAUUUCUUGUGCAGCCUGUACUAAUUGAUCCACUGACCGGUACCGCUCCGCACCCCAGGGAUUGGGGACCACUGCUUUAAAGCAUUUGUUUUACUUCCUGCAUUUGGAAUUUAAAUUAAGUAAUAAUGAUUUUUACAACACAAAUUAGUUUGGAAAAUGUGCUCAAUUUUCAUGAAAGUUUGCGAAAUAUUAUUUACUUAUUGUCCUUUUGAUCUGUGAGUGAAAUUUGACUAGUGUUUUUUCUUUUUAACUCAUUCACAUUUCACCCAAUUGCAUUAUACUGUGUUUUUUUAUGUUCAACAGGGGGAAACUGAAUUAUAAUCAAAGUGAAACUUGAAAGAUGUGGUUUGAUGACUGCCAAAAGCGCGAGUUAUUGUGUGCGAAAAGUCUCCUGGACUCUAAAUGACCCGAAAUGAGACUGAAACCGUUAAACAUGUCCAGCGUUACCCAAAGUGAAUGUGCAUUAACGUGUUAUUCUUUUGUUUGUAUUUAUUUAGCUUUUGUUUUCACCGUUAAUGCAGAAAAUUCACAUACAGGAUCAGGACUGAAGCAUCUGUUCUCACUGUGUUUAAAUAUUUAUAUCUGAAGAUGUGAAAUAUCAUUCCGCUAUGAUUUAGGCUGAAGAUUACAGCAGAAAUAUCACGUUUCACGAGAAAGACUGACUAAUAAACCGAGAUCUCUCCAUUAACAUAAGCUUAGUUCCAAAAUGUAGCUCAUUUUAUUCAGAAAAGGUUCUAAGAGAACUCUGACUUGUUGGGAUUCAUUUCAUAAAGCAAACAAGCAAAACGAAUCCUUUGUACAGCCAUUUUUAGGUAAAUGUAAUACCUUGUCCUAACUACACAUGACGUGACGCAGCGAUGUGCGAUAUUUCUUUGUUAAAAGGAGUUUUUGUCCUAACCAGCGCAAAGUGAAGUUUCAUAAACUAAUUUGGAGAGGAGCACGUGAUAUGAUUGAGCACGUCUGGCCGCUCAUCUGUAAUCAGUGAUAAUCCAAUCAGAGUGAUCCUAGUUUACUAUAAAUGGAUCAUUUUCUCCCUACUGCUCUAUCUUCAUUUGGAAGAAUCCCCCCUUCCACCCCAUCUCCUCCUUUUCCUCCCUUUUCUAAAGGGGGAGCUCUCGAGACCUACCUGAUCUCGGAUCUCCUGAUAUGCUUAUCGACCGGGCGGGAGCCCUGGGCUCAAAUAACUCCGAGCUCAGGGUUCUCUCCCAGGACAGCAUGCCAAACCUGCUUUAUACGCCAAGCAUAUCUAAGUGGGAACUCUUGAAAUUUCUAAUUUUAGAAACGGUUUCUAUUUCUGCAAAGUCACGACUGAACAACAGCAUAAACUACUAUGAUCACCUCGGGUACUGAUUAUGGGCUUUAUUUGGUGUUAAAAGCUACUAAUGGGAGUUUAAAGACUGAUUUAUGUGGCAUUUAUUGCCAUACUGAAAGCAGCAGCCGUAGAUAGUUGACCUCAGAUCUUGAAUAUAAAAUAAGCAUAGUUCGGAAAUGAAUGUUAGAACUGUGACUAACAUUCCAACAAGCAUCAGUCACUCAAGAUGCUUUUAAUAACGUUAAAGAGGUGUAAUAAUUAGAUUAUACACUACCUGACAUGUGUCUUUUCGCCCAUUUAAGUUUUAGGAACAACAAAUAAUAACUUGACUUCUAGUUGAUCAUUUGGUUUCAAAAGUGGCUUAUAUAAAAGGUAAAAGCCUCUAGAUUACACUUAUUUGACCAAAAAAAAAAUGAUCAUGCCUUGAUUUUUAAUGAUUUAAUUAGGACAGUAAGGUCUGCCUUUGCCAAGACAAAAGUCUUGUUAUAGAAUAUAAAGUCAGUAUAGAAUAUUGUUUCUGACUCCAUCAUGAGCUUGGAGGACUGCAUCCAUACAUCUCUGCAAUGACUCAAAUCACUUAUUAAUAAAGUCAUCUGGAAUGGCAAAGAAAGCGUUCUUGCAGGACUCCCAGAGUUCAUCAAGAUUCUUUGGAUUCAUCUUCAAUGCCUCCAUCUUACCUCAGACAUGCUCAAUAAUGUUCAUGUCUGGUGACUGGGCUGGCCAAUCCUGGAUCACCUUGACCUUCUUUGCUUUCAGGAGCUUUGAUGUGGAGGCUGAAGUAUGAGAAGGAGCGCUAUCCUGCUGAAGAAUUCGCCCUCUCCUGUGGUUUGUAAUGUAAUGGGCAGCUCAAAUGUCUUGAUACCUCAGGCUGUUGAUGUUGCCAUGCACUCUGCAGAUCUCUCGCACGCCCCAUACUGAAUGUAACACCAAACCAUGAUUUUUCCUUCAUCAAACUUGACUGAUUUCUGUGAGAAUCUUGGGUCCAUGCGGGUUCUAGUAGGUCUUCUGCAGUAUUGGUAAUGAUUGGGAUGCAGAUCAACAGAUGAUUCAGCAGAAAAUCAACCUUCUGCCACUUUUCCAAAUGAUCAACUAGAAGUCAAGUUAUUUGUGUUGCUCUCAGAGUUCGACAAGACUUUUGUAAAUGUAUGUAUGUAAAACAUUGCCAUUUGCUUUUAUUGGCUCUGGUAUUUACUGUGUCGUGUCACAUGUUGUGUGUUGUUAGGACACUGUGUUAGCAUUCAUUUACCUACAGAAUAGUCUUACAAAUGGUAAUUCGUUGUUCUGUGCGCUAUGGAUGAGGCCCUGGUUUUAUAUAUCCUUCCUCUCUUAAUGUAUAAUUGAUAUUUAUAUUUAAAAAAUGACCAUUUUUGUUCAAUAAUUCUUCAGGAUAUUUGGUUUUAGUUGACUGUUUAUUGCAGUUUUAUGUUCAGAGCAGUCUCCUGAAGCGUGUCUGAUUCAGAUGAAGCACCCUCUCGUUUAUUGUUUUUACGUUUGUUAGAUCAGAUUUGAACACUGUAGAAAGAGGCUAAAAAUAAACGUGUUUUUUUCUAUUGCUGUAAUGUUCAGACCAUUUUAAUGUUGUGUUUGAAUAUACAGUUGAGGUCAGGAUUAUUAGCCCUCCUGUUUAGAUUUCGAUUUCAACACAUUUUUAAACACAAUAGUUUUAAUAACUCAUUUCUAAUAACUGAUUUCUUUUAUCUUUGCUAUGAUGACUAAAUAAUAUUUGACUAGAUAUUCUUCAAGACACUUCUAUACAGCUUAAAGUGACAUUUAAAGGCUUAACUAGGUUAAUUAGGCAAGUUAGGCUAAUUAGGCUUAGUAAUGUAGGUUUGUUCUAGGGAUGCACCGAAAUGAAAAUGGCUUAAAUGGCUGAAAACCGAAGUAAAUUAUACCAAUUAUUAUUACUUUUGUAUUUAUGGCUAUGACUGUGUACUAAUCUUACUAAAACAAAGGCAUCGCGAUUACAUAAGUUAAUAUUAAAGUUUCAAAUCAAUUCAUUCAUUUUCCUUCAACUUAGUCCCUUUAUUCAUCAGGGGCCACCACAGUGGAAUGAACCACCAACUUAUCCAGUAUAUGUUUUACACAACGGAUGCCCUUCCAGCUGCAACCCAGUACUGGGAAACACCCAUUCACAUUUACACACACACACACACACACACACUACGGCCAAUUAUGUUUACCCAAUUCCCCUAUAGCGCAUGUGUUUAGACUGAGGUAAUCCGGAGCACCCAGAGAAAACCCACGCCAACACGGGGAGAACAUGCAAACUCCACACAGGAAUGCCAACUGACCCAGCCGGGACACAAACCAGUGACCUUCUUGCUGUGAGGCGACAGUGCUAACCACUGAGCCACCGUGUGAAAAUCAAAUACAAAUGAUGAGCAUAUUUAUUUAGCUCAUUGCAACAAUGGGUUCUCUCCUCUAGGGAUGGAGACUUAUUACAGUAAAAAGUAGCAAUUUUAUUUUGCCCAAUAAAUCAAUAAGAUCCACUUAAUGAACUUAUAAAUAAAAACAGAUGCAACAAAUAUUUGUUUGGGCCCGAACUACAAAACCAAAUUUAAAACUAUUUUAGAAUCAGCUUUAAGUUGCACACUAGAUUAUGUAUAAAUAUCAUUAUAAUGAUAUUGUAUAAAUAUUAUUAUAACUCUAGGCUUACAGUGCUCAGCAUGAUUGAGUACAGCCCAUUUUGAAAAGGAAUUUUUAUCUAUUUCUCAGUGAAUUUAGGCAAUGUUUCUCUGUUCAUUUAAACAAAACAGAUUUAUUAAACAGAUAUAUUUAUUCAAAUAAUAUUUUAGUCACCAAACAUGUUUAUAAAUUGUAAGAUAAUACAAGCAAAUUCAAGCAAAAUAUUGAAAAAAUAAUUUACAACCUACAAAAUUAACUAAAUUUACAUGUUUUGGUUCUCUUAAUUUUUCCUCUUGUUUAAAUUUGUAUUUAAUAUUUUUCUAUUACAUAUAAAUUUGUCUGUACUAGUUUUUAGACUGUUAUUGUAAGUCAUUGUGUUAGAUAAGCUCCAGAUUUGGCGUCAGUACUGACUAAUCUAAUGUAUAUGCACAAAUAUAUUAUUGUAGAGCUUCCUAUUAAUUUAAAUAGGAAUAUUAAAUUUAAAAGAGAGAUUGAUGAGGGCUGUACUUAUACAUGCUGAGCACUGUACAUGCUGAUAUUCAAACACAAAAUGACAUGAUAUCACAGGCGAUUGUUUUCUAACUGAAUGGACGUGAGUGACACUUCUCAUACAGCUUGAGAAGCAGACAGUUCUUUAUGAUCUAUAUAAUUUGUAACAUAAAGAGUUGCGAGUUAAGGAAACAGCUGUGCUUACGCAUGCGCUGUAAAAGAGGCAUCAGUCUCCACCCGGAUUCUCUGCAUCUAUCUAGAUCAUUUCACGUGCACGCUGCGUUAUUUCUGCAUCCAAGUAAUGAUGUUUAGAUUGCGGCUCGAGUACAGUCACAGUGAAGUGCCGAGGAUCAGAAUGAAUAGACACACCACAGACAUGCUUCUUCACAUAAGUACGUCAUCACGACACACUGUUUCAGGCGUCUUUCAGUGAUAAAAGUCUUUCGGCCAAAAACCGAAAUGCAUUUUUCGGUGGCUGAAAUUUGGUGCAUCGCUAGUUUGUUCUGUAGCCAAUCCAAAACAAAUAUAGCAUAAGGGGGCUAAUAAUAUUGACCUUACAAUGGGUUUUAAAAACAUUAAAAACUGCUUUUAUUCUAGCUGAAAUAAAACAAAUAAGACUUUCUCCAGAAGAAAUAAUAUUAUAGGUAAUACUGUGAAAAAUUCCCUGCUCUGUUAAACAUGGUUUGUGAAAAAUUCACGAACAUUUGUGACUUCAACUGUAUAUCAGGAAUGAAUUGUCCAUGGCGGUGUGCCAUUAGAGCCUCUUUCCACAUGUUGGAACGUGCCAAACUGCAGUAUGACGUGGAGUAUUGACCUUUACAUGAUCUCACAGUGACAUAUAGGACUCGUUCGGUUCGUCUCAAGUGUUUCAUUGCAGAGCGACGAACGGUUUCAUCCUGUGAGCCCACAGGGUAACCCUACUGCUUUUAAAGGGGGGUGCUUUCCGUUGAGUUCUCCAGAGAGCAUUUUCAUACGUCUGUCUAUAAAGGAAAAACAAAAUCUCUAUAUAGGCUUAUAAAAGCAACUGUAUAAAUAAGCAGAAUACAGCAACUAUGAAUCGUUUCAAUCGAAUAACUCUAUGAUUUGAAAGCGUUCUGUUCUGAAUCAUCUGUAUCUCCCAUUUAAGAAUUUAGUGCCUUUUUUGGACAGUAGACUGUUCUGUAAGUAUACUAUAGUAUAUAUGAACUUUUUGUACAGUUUCUUUGUUUAAAAUGACUUUUUUUAAAACCUGUGUUUAUUUUAGUACUUUAUCUUCUGGAAAAUAAAGGUAUAUUGAUGA